AUUGGCAUACCCAGCAACAGCUCCCUCUGUCGAACGACACCUUGCAGCUUGUGCUGACUUCAGAUCCGCCGGAGAGGUCAGAUUUUCCUGUAUCGGUCCAGCGUCUCCCAAUCAAGGUUGAAAAGCGGCGCCACGACGUCAUUGAUGCCGUCUUCCUCCAAAACAAUGAAUAGUCCAGUGCAUGUAAAGCGCAAAAUUUCCAAGCAUCGACGAUGCCUGCUCGGUUCCUGCACACUUCGUCUCCCUGCAACCUAACGCCGUGCAUAUCUGGACGAUAACUAUAGAUAUUGCAGACAUUCACCAUGGCAGACGGCGAAACCACCACUGAGGCGACCAAGCCAGGCUCUUCGAUACAGCUUGCACACCGCCAUGACCGUACUUUUCUCAUGGCCAUAGUCCAGUCAUUGGUCCGGCUGACACGCUCUCGCAUUAGCAAUCGCACGCCCAAACACGAAGAUGGCUCCAUCAGACUAAAGCCCUCCAACUCGUACCUAUCUGGCUGCACUCUCCGCGAACGUACUGUGUGCGAUCUGUACAUCUACGACCUUGUGCCACCAAACCAGUCCGAGAAAAGCUCCAAGAAGCGGAUAUACUACUUUGCCGGAGGUAGUUGGCAGGAGCCGCCUUCUCCACAGCAUUACAAGUUAUGCGCAAAGCUAGCUAAAGACAUGACCGAUACUUCUGUGUCCAUUGUGUCAACUCCGCUUGCACCCAACGACCCUGCACCAAGUUCGUUCCCCUUGUGCCAGAAGACAUAUCGUGCCCUCAUGACGGAAGCCGAAGAGGCGGGCGAGAGGGUCAUCCUGGCAGGCGAUUCAUCAGGCGCAAACAUCAUCCUGUGUCUAGCUCUUGAGGCUUUGCAAGAGGAUAACGCGCGGGAAGGUUUAGAUUUCAAGCAAACCCCACAUCCCAUCGCUAUCAUGAUCGUAUGCGCAUCCACCGACCUAACCCGCAAAAACCCAGACAUCAACAAUAUCGCGCCCAAAGACCCUCUUCUCACACCAGACAUGAUCAGAGGGACUGCAAAGGCGUGGCAAGGGGACUGGGAUCCUGCCGAUCGACGCAUCUCUCCCAUCAACGCCGACAUCUCGCUGCUCGCCAAGAGUGGCAUCAAGGUCCAUGGAAUAACUGCUGGUCACGACGUAUUGAGUCCAGACGGCAUUCUCUUCCGCGAGAAAUGUGCCCAAGCAGGCGUCAAGGGCGAAUGGGUGCACUGGGAGAAGCAAAUGCACUGCUUCAUCCUCACUAUGCCUUACGGGCUAGUUGAAACAAAGCAAGCCGUCCAGUGGAUUGUUGAUGUACUGAAAAAGGAGUAAACGAAAACUCGUUUGUAUAUUUUCUGGUACGAAAUACCCUUGUGUCCAAAAGGAAAAGAAGAACCAAUCCUUUGACCUCUUCGGCUACGUUCUAUUUUAAGGAACUUAGACUACUACUACUAGAGACUAUGGAUACUGGAACGCCGUGCAUUCUGCAUCGCGGCAGCUAGCUUAGUCUAUAAUAUCCCUUUUGCUAAGCAUCCGUUUUCUAGGAUAUCGUCACAUUUCCUCUGAAGAAACUUUCGUAUACAAAAAGGCCAUCUCCUU